CUCCGUAGAUAAGCGAACCCUCAUUGGCUGGGCGCGCCCACGUCUUAGUGCUGUGCCGCCGCGUUUUUCCAGGAGUACGGGUUCAGGGUCCGUUUUCGGUGGUCGCCCCGACUCAGGCUGUUGGCACGAAUGGCUCAGAAACCGCUGCGCCUCUUGGCUUGUGGAGAUGUUGAAGGAAAGUUUGAUGUUUUAUUCAAUAGAGUUCGAGCAAUUCAGAAGAAAAGUGGAAACUUUGACCUGCUGUUGUGUGUAGGAAAUUUCUUUGGCUCCACUCCAGAUGCUGAAUGGGAGGAGUAUAAAACUGGCAUCAAGAAAGCUCCUAUUCAGACAUAUGUGCUGGGUGCUAAUAACCAGGAAACAGUAAAAUAUUUCCAAGAUGCUGAUGGGUGUGAAUUAGCUGAAAACAUUACUUAUCUGGGUCGUAAAGGUAUCUUCACUGGAAGCUCGGGGCUGCAGAUUGUGUACCUCAGUGGGACAGAGUCCGUAGAUGAGCCAGUCCCAGGUUACAGUUUUAGUCCCAAGGAUGUGUCUUCCCUGAGGACAAUGCUGUGUUCAACAUCCCAGUUUAAGGGUGUUGAUAUCUUGCUCACAUCCCCAUGGCCCAAGUAUGUGGGGAACUUUGGGAAUUCUUCUGGAGAAGUGGAUACCAAAAAAUGUGGCUCUGCUUUGAUCUCCGGUCUUGCCACAGACUUGAAACCAAGAUACCAUUUUGCUGCUUUGGAAAAGACCUAUUAUGAGAGACUUCCCUAUCGAAACCACAUCGUUCUGCAGGAAACCGCACAGCAUGCCACCAGGUUCAUAGCUUUGGCAAGUGUUGGAAAUCCCGAAAAGAAAAAGUAUCUUUAUGCAUUCAGUAUUGUUCCCAUGAAACUAAUGGAUGCAGCAGAACUGGUAAAACAGCCUCCUGAUGUUACUGAAAACCCUUACAGAAGAUCUGGGAAGGAAGCAUCCAUGGGAAAGCCAAUUCCUGCCCCAGAGGAAGAAUCAGCCUGUCAGUUUUUCUUUGAUUUAAAUGAAAAGCAGGGAAGGAAGCGUUCAUCUACAGGCAGAGAUAGCAAGUCUUCUCCUCACCCAAAGCAACCUCGCAAACCUCCUCAGCCUCCAGGACCUUGCUGGUUUUGCCUUGCCAGCCCUGAAGUGGAAAAGCACUUGGUGGUCAACAUUGGCACACAUUGCUACCUUGCCCUGGCCAAAGGAGGCUUAUCUGAUGACCACGUCCUCAUCCUACCCAUUGGGCACUACCAGUCAGUGGUGGAGCUUUCAGCUGAGGUGGUGGAAGAGGUGGAGAAGUACAAGGUGACACUGAGGCGGUUCUUUAAGAGUCGAGGGAAACGGUGUGUUCUGUUUGAGAGAAAUUAUAAGAGCCAUCACCUCCAGCUACAGGUCAUUCCUGUGCCACUCAGCCGCUGCACUACUGAUGACAUUAAAGAUGCCUUCGUUACCCAGGCAGAGCAACAACAGAUAGAACUGUUGGAAAUCCCAGAACACUCUGACAUCAAGCAGAUUGCACAGCCAGGAGCAGCAUAUUUUUAUGUUGAACUUGACACAGGAGAGAAGCUUUUCCAUAGAAUUAAAAAGAAUUUUCCUUUGCAGUUUGGAAGGGAGGUACUGGCCAGCGAAGCCAUCCUUAAUAUUCCUGACAAGUCUGACUGGAGGCAAUGUCAGGUCAGCAAGGAAGAGGAGGAGAUGCUGGCUCGCCGCUUCCGGAAAGACUUUGAGCCUUUUGACUUUACUCUGGAUGACUAAGCAAAGGGAAAAGGCACUUUAUGAACUUGACAGGAAGUAGUAGUAGCCUGUUUUUAAAAGAACUUACAGUCUCCCAUGGGGACUGUUUCUCUGCCUCUUUUUUGUGCAUUCCCAUGGAACCUACCUGCAGCAAGAGGCCUAAGAUUGAAUAUUUUUUUGAAAAUAUUUCUAGGAUGAAAAUCCUGUGUUAAAAUAAGCAUGUCUGUCUUCCUGCUCAAAGUAUAGCUUGUGUUAAUCAGCAUUUUCAAAACCAUUUAAACUAUCAAAUAAAAUCCAAAUGCUUUUCCAU